UCCGCCGCACAACCGGGUUCUGUGGCGCUAGCUGGUUGUUCGUGUGGAGGCGUGGGCUGUGGCGCGUGGAUAACGGGAUCUCGGGGCCAGGUCUACACAGCUGGCCUCGUGUGGGAAGAGGCUGUGAGGACACGUGACCUCUGUUCCCACGGGGAGGGGUCUUACGGUCCUCCUAGGCGCUCCUGUCCCGCGGAACCCCUCCUCGGGGUAGGAAGAGUGGGAAAAGAACUCCAGCUCCAACUAUGUGGACAGCAGAUGAAAUUGCUCAAUUGUGCUAUGCACACUAUAGUGUCAAACUGCCCAAGCAGGGGAAGCCUGAGCCAAACCGUGAAUGGACUUUGCUGGCAGCCGUGGUGAAGAUACAGUCUCCAGCUAACCAAGUUUGUGACGCCACUGAUAAGGAAGUGCCAGUGACAAAGGAAGUUGUCUCAAUGGGAACAGGAACGAAAUGUAUAGGCCAGUCCAAGAUGAGGAAGAGCGGAGACAUCCUCAAUGACAGCCAUGCUGAGAUCAUAGCCAGAAGGAGUUUCCAGAGAUACCUUCUCCAUCAGCUCCAUUUGGCAGCCGUCCUGAAAGAAGAUAGUGUCUUUGUGCCAGGGACUCAAAGAGGACUGUGGAAGCUCAGACCUGACCUGUCUUUUGUGUUUUUCUCUAGCCACACACCCUGUGGGGAUGCCUCCAUCAUUCCAAUGCUUGAGUUUGAAGAACAACCUUGCUGUCCUGUCAUCAGAAAUUGGGCCAUCAACUCACCUGUAGAAAAGAGUAACAAUCUAGAGGAUUCCAAAAAUAAAAGGGAUUGUGAAGACCCUGGCAGUUCUGUAGCCAAAAAGAUGAGGCUUGGAACUCCUGCCAUGACACUGUCCAACUCCAUAGCUCACCAUGAGACACAGGAAAGUGGUUCAAUCAAACCAGAUGUCAGCAGCUCCAAUCUUACCAAGGAAGAACUGGACACUGCCAAUGGAAUAGCUCCAGGUAGUUUCAAAGUGGUGGAUGUGUAUAGAACAGGAGCCAAGUGUGUUCCUGGAGAAACUGGAGACUUGAGAAAGCCAGGGGCUGCCUACCACCAGGUGGGGCUGCUUCGUGUAAAGCCCGGCAGGGGAGACAGGACAUGCUCCAUGUCCUGCAGUGACAAGAUGGCAAGGUGGAAUGUCCUUGGAUGCCAGGGUGCACUGCUAAUGCACUUCCUGGAAGAGCCUAUCUACCUGUCUGCUGUGGUCAUUGGGAAGUGCCCAUACAGCCAGGAAGCCAUGAGGAGAGCAUUGACUGGCAGGUGUCAGGAGGUCUUGGCUUUACCCAGAGGCUUUGGAGUUCCUGAAUUGAAAAUAGAGCAGUCGAGUUUACUGUUUGAACAGAGCCGCUGUGCAGUGCAAAUGCAAAGAGCUGACAUACCAGGCCGGCUCGUUCCUUGUGGGGCAGCUAUCAGCUGGAGUGCUGUUCCUGAGCAUCCUUUGGAUGUGACUGCCAAUGGCUUUCCACAGGGAAUAACAAAGAAAGAAAUCGGGAGCCCUCGGGCCAGAUCCCGAAUCAGCAAGGUGGAACUCUUUAGAUCAUUCCAGAAGCUGCUAAGCAGCAUUACAGAAGACAAGCAACCAGACUCUGUCAGGGUGCAGAAGCUGGACACCUAUCAGGAGUACAAGGAGGCUGCAUCUGCCUACCAGGAAGCCUGGAGCGCACUCCGGAAGAAACCAUCGUUUGCAUCCUGGAUCAGAAACCCACCUGACUACCACCAGUUUAAAUGAACUCUUGCUGCUACCAGGACCAUUCAUAUUGAUCUGCCUUCUCCCAGAGUGCUGCACCUCUUUGGUGUCAUAUAGAUGGAACCGGAACCUUAUCAAUCUGUACUUGAUUGGAGUAGUUCCUUGCAAAAAUGGCCUGUCAAUAAUGACCUUGGAAUCUGCCUUGAGUUAUGUUUCAUUGGUUCUCAAAUACAACAUCAAAGUUUGGAACAUGAUGCUUUUUAAAGUAA